GGCUAUGAAUCAUAUAGAAGUAAUUAAUGACAAACAAGAAGCUGCUAAGCCAGGAUGCGUUUAUCUACCUCAUCAUGCAGUUGGUUGUUCGCGAGGACAAAAGUACAACGAAGGUCGGCGUUGUUUUCGACGCUUCGUGUAAGGGUACCAGCGGCAAGUCAUUGAACAAUGAUUUAUUGGUAGGUCCAAGGCUUCAACCAGAGUUACGACACAUAAUUAUGAAAUGGCGUACUUAUCCUAUAUGUUUCGCAGCGGACAUAGUUAAGAUGUAUCGAAUGGUCAAGGUCGUACCAGAGCAUACUGACUUCCAGAUAAUGUCACAAGGGUACUAUCAAAUGUAAGAAAUCUAAAAUUGUAAGACCAGUCUCCAAACUUUGCAUUUUGCCUAUCGCUUUUUAACAUUACUUACCUGAAUAACUGUAGAUAUUUCAUGCAAUGUAUGUAACUUAAAUGUAUCUUUGGAUGCAUCAGCUAUUAAGUAUUUUGUUAUUGUUUAGUUGUAAGUAAGUACGAACUGUUUAAAAGCAACCCUUGACUGAACUUUG